CCCGCAUAGACUUCUCAAGCUUGUCAUGGCCAUUGUCUUCUGCCACAUGCAGGCCGGUCACUGACAAGUGCCGUCCUGUGCAAUCCAUUGAAUCCUGUUCUGAGCGAGCAAGGUAAUUCAAGCCUCGCCCCCCAUUCUCACGCAGAAGCUUGGCCAUGCUCCGUCUAACUACUUAAGUUACGUGACCUAGGGUCAUUACUCUUACUCUUAGCUCGAGUUUUUCUGUUGAGUUUUUUUUCACCCUUCGCUUGCAGUGCAACUUCAUUGCGAUGUUGACCUUCCUCAAGUCCGCUGGUGUUCCUGCAGAGCCAGUCAAGGUCGAGAAGGCGGAUCUUGAAGUUAACCCCACGGCUCCGGUGCCAGACGCAUCUCCCGCCGCAGACAUUGCUUCCAUUCAAUCAGCCAACUCAUCAUCUUCCUUGCAUUCGUCUGUUUCGAAAUCCUCCCACACAGAUGCCUAUGGAGCACCCUCGAAUCCGGCUACUCCUCAAGUAGCCAGCCGGUCGCUCACGCCUGUGCAGCCCACGCAUGUGAACUUGCCACAGUCAUCUGUGCAGUCGCUUUUAGUACCUCCUAGCCCAGGGCGAGGUCCCGCUGCUGAAUCCUUGGGCAAUGCUACCCCAGGCGUGCCGGGUGUGAAUCCUUAUCCCAGUGCUAAGACUGGGAAGGACCCUCAACGUUUCUCAUUCCGUUCAUUUUCCUUCUUGCGCUCCGAGUCAAAACUUACUCAGCCGGAGCGUAAGCAUUCCCGGCACUCCGAACCUAUUCACACACGGCCUCGCGUGCUAUCCAAGGCGCAUGAAAAAGACAAGAAAUCACUUGCUACCAAGGCAUUCACGAUCCGUGCACUCCAGUCCAAGACCUCUGAUAGGCGUACCAUGGACACCGCAGUUAUGGUUCGUUCCGUCAUCGUGGGGGAUCAUGAAAUGGUGGAUGGCAGAGCAAAGAGGUCAAAGCCACUCUCUAAAUCUGACCUAGCGCGUGUCAAAGCGCAGCUUCUCGAGCCAAAAUCUGCCAAAAAGAUUAUUGACCACCUGCACACAAUGUCUGCGUCAUCAACAGAUACGGGAUCUGCUAAUACUGGGCCAAUCCAUGCAGUGUGUCUUGACGCGACCGACAAGGAAGUCCACGAGCAACACUUUGUACAGUUUGGUUCGGUUGCUACUGCAACAACGACUGCAGUAUCUGAUGCGUUGGUCAACCUGCACCUCGUCGACCUUCUCGCUGUCCCAGACAUGGGUUUCGGUGCGCCAGCAUCAUCGCCGGGAUUGCUGGCUGGUGCCGUUCCCAGCGCAGAAACUAUCAUCGAUGGCCUCCAGCAAAUAACCCCGCAGUUACUUGCGCUUGGUUUUGCAACAAGCAAGGCAAUUUUGCCGGAUCACAAAGGCGUUGUCGUGCCUACAGAUCGUCUCUCUGUUUUGACGUACUGGUGGGGUUUUGAAGUCUGCAUGCCGCCUCCCACAAUCGAGCACCUCGGUGCAGUCGCCUCUCCAGGUACUGCCUUGCUCAAUUUGCUGACUGCAUUGUCGCUCGUCAGCCCCGGAGUCCGCGAGGUAUUGCCGUUCGUUCGCUACAUCUCUCAGUUCGUGCAAACCGAGUGGCAUAUGAUCAAGGCAGCCGAUAAGGGCAAAGGAGUUGUCUGCUGUGCUACUUGGAUCAUGCCAGCGGCGAUGGUCCCUCGUUCAUGGGAUUUCCCUGACCCGCCUCCUGCGACCAUUAUAGUUGCCCCAGGGGCAAACCUUGCGCCCACUGCGUCGAGGCCUACAAUUGCUGCUACACCUAAGCCUUCCGUUGAUGUACCGCGCGCCUCGUCUACGUACUCCAGCGAAACUGGCGAGGACGGGGCACGACACGGGAUAUCAAGUGACCCUCCUGUUCUCCCAGAGCUCAAAGUCAGUUCCCCUGCGUCGAACGAAGGUACAAAUUCUAUCGACCUCCCAGUCCACAAGCCUUCUGCGGAUGUCCCCAGGGAUGCCGACUCCAUUGCUCUUUAGUCAUCUUCGCUAUCUUUCUCGUCAUGACCUGUCACGAUUUUCUUAAUCUGCCGUCUUUGAAGUUGGUCCUUUUGCUCGAUGCUUACUUUCCGCCUAGUUUUCUGUUUUCGACCGAUAAUCGUCUGGACUUACUAUACCCUUCCAUACAUCACACACUCGUUAGCUACUACAUCUCUACCAUUCGUUUUCUCAUCGCUCCCCACGGCAGAACUUAUUUUAUCAUCCCCGCAAUUUAUGCAUUAAGUAAUUCCUCAGCUCAGGUUGGGUGCUAUUAUUGGGAUUUUGGGAAGUCGCUUAGAUCGUUCAGGGAAACU